CGUGUUUCUGGAAUCUUGGGAACGAUGCUGCCUUCCCGAAUAUAUUUAACUUCAUUCAUAACCUUGCUCCUUGGGCAGCUGCAGGGAGCGUUUGCACGUACAAUACCAGUGACUGGAUUCUUGCAUCGACCUAUUUGUCUUGCAGUGGAGAAUAAGAUUGAGUUGAGCUCAGUGCAAACCAUCAAAUGGCAGAGAAGCAACCAGUUAAUAGUCCUGUACCAGAACAAUGAAACAGACACGCCAGUAAUAAUCUUUCGCAAGUACAAGGAACGUGUGACCUACAUUGCAGAAAACAACUCGCUGCUGAUACACCAAGUCAACCUCCAGGAUGAGGGUCAUUACAAGAUAACCACUAUACUUAAAACUGGGAUGGAAGCUGAGACAUUCAUCAACCUGACAGUGCUAGUUCCAGUUUCAGGGCUCAGCAUUACGGUGCAGACAGACGACCUUCCCCAUCCAACGCUGACCAUGAACUGCACAGCCACGAACGGCUCCAACCCCCAUUUCUCCUGGUUGAAAGACAACAAAACCCUCCUGGUUGACCUACGAGUCCAAUUGUCAACAGAGAACCGCAGUUUAGGAAUCACCAACCUGACCAGCUCAGACUGUGGCACUUACAUUUGCAUCGUCCAAAACUCUAUCAACAGGGUCCAGGCUCAGCAGCUGAUUACAUCUGAACAUUUCCAGGAAUGUUUACACCUGCAACGACGAGUUCUGGUUAUUGCUGUAGCUGUGUUGUCUGUGAUCGGUUUCAUGAUGGUUUUUCUUGCAAUCAAAAAUUACAAAGAGAGGCAAUGGGAGUUGUGGUCCAGGGAGCAGAUGAGUGGAGAGGGAGAUCUGUUCAGAGAGGACGAGAUCCAAAACGAACACAGCCAGACUAACAGGUCUGGUUCGGGGGACGGGUCUCGGAGUGGCCUCUACAGCUACCUGCAUUUCAUCCCCAGCAGUGAAAAUCAGGAGGAUGAGGAUCCGUCUAAAUAUUGCAACAUUGGACCCCCAACUGUGAACCCUGCUUAAAUUGCAGUAUAUUCUUAUCCGAAUCUUUGAACACAAUGCAUGGCAAUUCAGUUGCAAGGACUGUACAUUUUGAGAUUAAAGUUUAAUCUGGAGUUUAAAACCGACUGUGGGUGAGGAAACUGCGGGCAUACAGAGCGCUGGACACCGUCAAAUCUCUUUAGCUGACCAAGGUCACCUGUGUGAAUCCUGGUCCUGGAGUAGCAGAAACUGAUCUAUUCCCUUCAACCAUCAGGACACGACAGUGGUGGAGGAGUGAAUGUUUCAGAUUUGAAAUGAGAAUCCUAUCAAUUCUUCAGAGCCUUCAGUAAUUUAAGGGGGAGAAAGGGCUACAAAAAUCUGCAGAAAAAAAACAGCCAUAGAGAUUGAACAUAAAUCCAGAAUACUAUUAGGUAAUGGAUUUCUGCCCCCGCCUUUAGCUGUUUCCUCCGCCAGUCCCGUGUUUUCUUUAAUUCAACCAUAUUUGCUUUUUGGGGGCGGGGGGAUGUAAUAUAUUGAUAAUGUUUGAAUAACCUUUGCUGGUUCAUCACUGGGGUUGCUGCCAAUACAGGAAAUUUCUACUGGACGUGUAAAAAAUAAGUGACACAUAUUUGAACAUGAUAGAAAUCGCGCUGUGCCAGACCCUGUUAAACAUAGAUCGAUCUCUCCGCAGUCUCGAACUCCAGUGGCGUUAGCUGGUUAUGCAAGUGACUCAGUGAAACACAAACAUCCUGUGACAAACCUCAGUAGCCUCUGCACUUACUGACCCACACAGAGGCUGCUAGAAGUGUAGAACUCUCCCCCACAAGAAGUAACAGAUGUCAGCUCAAUUAACAACUAUAAAUGAGAUGAAUAGAUUUUCGCUAGUCAAGGGUAUUAAGGAAUAUGAAAACCAAGGCAGCUGUGAUCUCACCGAAUGGCAGAACAGACUUGAGGAGCUGAAAGGCUUUCUCUUGUUCCUGUCAGUUACUAGGGCUACUCUCCUUUCCAUAAGACAUAGGAGCAGAAGUAGGCCAUUCGGCCCAUCGUGUCUGCUUCACCAUUCAUUGAGAUCAUGGCUGAUCUGAUAAUCCUCAACUCCGCUUUUCCCCAUUACCCUUGAUUCCCUUCCUGAUUAAAAAUCUGUCUAUCUCAGCCUUGAAUAUACUUAACAAUGCAGUAUUAUUCCAAAUUGAUCAACUAAUUGUUGAUCAAUCUGUUCUGUGGAUUCAUCUACCUGGUCCUCACAUUUUCAGCAAGUCUGUAUUGGAAUUCCGUAUCUCUCUGCUCAUUCACAUCCU